UAGUGUUGUCCUCUUUUUCAAACGGCAAAGGGUCGAUCGUGCACAUUGCAUGUGCUCUCAGAGUUUACAAACCACAGCAGUUUAUCGGGAACCGCGCGCGGGAAAAGUCGUUCCGCGGCCAUUUUGAAAUAAUUACUUUUUUUUGAGGUUGAAUUCGAUAUUCAAAGAUGACGAUGCUUCUAAGAAAAAUGUGGAAGACCCAUUCCAAGCAUAAAAAGUUGUGUGAGGAAUGGGCUUUAGCUGAAUGUGAGGGAGAGGGUUGGUGGCGAGAGGCUCGGGACUCAGGACCUGGUGAUAUGGACGUCAGGUAUGCUGGAGCAGCACCCGUCGAACGAGCAGCAUCGGCUCCUGCGACUGCGCUCGCCGUCAAAUCAGCUUUAUUUUCAGCUAAAUUGUUGAACAAAAAGUUACAGCGGGUGAAUUUAGACAUCAGUGCUAAGGGCAUCGUAGUGAGCGAUUCUGAGUCACAGGAAAACGUACUGAGUGUCUCCAUUUACAGAAUCUCCUACUGUUCAGCUGAUGCGGCGAAUGCUCGUGUCUUCGCGGUGGUAGAAGGAAGGCCUAUAGGUGGGUCGGCAGAGAACCACGUGGUGCACGUGUUUGUGUGCACCAGGAGACGGCAUGCGAGGGCGCUGGCGCUGUCGCUGGCGCAUGCCUUCAAUGAUGCGUACCAGGCAUGGCAAGCAAAUCUAAACCAAGGUAGUUCUCUCGGAUCCGAUGGGAAACGGCUAGCUCCUUGGGUCCGUUUUCAAGAAGAAUCCGAUGAGGAGAUCGACAGCGAAGAUUGGGAGUCACCGGCCCCACUCGUAUCUUUCGCAUAGUUAUUAUUUUAUAAGCGUAGAAUAAUUUUAAUUAAGUAUAAUAAGGACUCCUAGUUUUUGAACUUCCAAAUAGCUGAAAAGAGCGUUAGCCGAUUGUAAUUUUUAACUUGCAUCAGAUUGAGCCGCAGCAGGCGAAAUCGUGAGAAUUAAAAAUCAGACCAAUUACCUGCCGUACUCAGAGUCAUUUAACGAUUACUUAACCCAGUCCUUAGCAAUUGUUUUCGGAACAAAGUUAUUGUUACUAAAGAACAGUUUAUAUAACGAUUAAAUGUCUUUGAGUACAGCAGUUAGAAUUUUAGGAACCGGACAGACUACGUUCUACAUAAUUAUUAGUUUUUAAUAUGACAGAGCCAUAUAACAAAAAUAUUAAUGAACAAUUUUCUGUUGUAUACUGCAUAGAGAAAGUAACUAGGUACAAUCAAAUGAAAAGACAAUUUGGCAAUUUAAUAACUUUAAUACAUAUCCUAAUAGAAUUAAUGCUAAGAGGUAAAUAAGUUAUAUUUCUAGUUAACCUACAAUGUUUUAUUAAAUAAUUUAAACAUGGAUGAUAUUAUUAGGGUACCUUCGCAUUGGCUUGAUUGUAAGUAUAUAGGGUAAAGAUGUGUACGUAAAAUGAGGCCGUACAGCUAGGCUAUUCAGGGGGCUUACUACGAGUUUGUUUUACGUUUAAAGAAAUCGAAACGAGACGGUGUUCGACCCUCUUUAUGGCUGGCUCGAAUGAACCAACCAAUCUGCAGGCUUAAUACGAGUUUGUAUGGAUCUAGGUGAACGUAAAGCAAACUCGUAUUAAACCCUAUGUAACUGUCAAUUCGAACUUUUGAAGUAAGCUCGAUCGCUCUCUCAUUGGUUGAGUAUCUUGUAACGAUCAAUGACAGCGGACCGCGAUCGACAUUAAUUCAAAAGUUACACCUAUAUCGAAGCUAAGAAAAAUGGAAGAUAGUUACAGCUGAGUAGCCUAACAGCACGAAUAUGUUGCAAAAUAUGUAUAUAGAUCUAGCGUCAGUUUAAGGAUACGAAAAUACGUAUAUUUUCUUUAUGAAAUGACAAUGGUUUGUUCAUAAACAUAAAUAAUAAACAUUAUGAUUUGUUCAUAGAUCUUAGCUUAAGUAAUAAUUACUUAAGCUAAGAUCUAUAAUAAAUCAGUACGUAUGUAUAUUGAUAGCGCGAAUUGUAAUAAUUAUAAAUUCAAUUAAAUUAAUUAGUAGCUUAAGCAUUAAUUGACUGAUGUUAUGUAUUUUACUAAUAAAAUUAAUCUUACUUUUAA